CGCGAGUAAUACUAAGCAACUACGUUCGGUUUCCGUAAAGCGAGUACAUUUAGAGCAUAGUUAUUGUUAUUCGCUGAGAUUACUCAUAUCAGUCCAUUUGUAUAUAAUAAUUAUUAUUAUUGUUCAAAAUAUUAUUUAGAAGUAUUUAUUAGAAGUUUAUAAUGCCUAGAGGCUCUAGUUCACAAUCCAAUGGAAGCGAUAAUGAUAUAGAUGUUUUAGAACAAGAGUUAUAUCGUCUCAAAAAAGAAUAUAGAGUCAUAGAAAGUGAACGCAAAACUUACACAAAAGAAUCCCAAAGUAUUAUUCGAAAGCAAAGAGCUACUAUUGCAUCUCUAGAAGCUCAGCAUAAUGAAUUGAAUAAAGAAACUUCGUUAGCAGUUUUUAACAACGAACAUAGCAGUAAUGACAAAGCAGUUGAAAAUGUUUCUGAAUUGUUAAAAGUGAUUGAUGUUUUGAAGCAACAUAUGCAUAAAGCAAAAACAAACCUCUCUAAAAUCAAUCAGGAGAUAUUGAAUGCAGAAAAAAAAAUCAACAUGCAGCGGAAGAAAAUGGGAGGGGUUAAUUUGAGUAAAGCAAAGUAUGAGGGCUGGCAAAAACAAUCAAAGAUAUUAGAGAACAGACUCGACCAAGAAAAUAAAAAGUUUAGUUCUGCAUUAGAAGAAAAUGCUAAGUUGCGAGAAGCAAUUGAUCAUAUGAGAAGUGAAAAGUUUGUUUUUGAUGGACUUUACAAAAAACUUGAAAAUAAGUUUUUCGAAAACAAACAAGAGAUAUCAAAAGUUACAGAAGAUUCUAUAGCAGCUUAUAACUCAAGAAACGAUGCUCAAAUAAAAAUGCUCACAUUAAAAGAAAAGGCAGAUAAAGAUUUAGUUCAAUAUGGUAUAGAGCUCAAAGAACUCAUGAGAAUCAUUGAUCAUGAUAGAAAGCUAAGAGAUUUUAUGAAUACAAAGGCAGAAGAACGUUUAUCUAAUAAAAAUGAUGAGUAUAUCAACCAAGUUAAAGAUAGCAAAAACAAAAUUUCUGAUGCAGAAACGAUAAUACAAUCAUACAAUGAUGCAUUUAAAAGAAUACAGACUACAACAGGAAUAGAUGAUCUUCAACUUUUAGUUGGAAAAUUUAUUGCUACAGAAGACAGCAACUUUGCUCUGUUCAAUUAUGUAACUGAAAUGAACAAUGAAAUUGAGAUGAAACAAGAAAAUAUUUCUGAAAUUAAAAGUAAUAUUGAACAGUUACGUUCAGAAAGUGAGAAACUGGAUAAACAAAGGAUGAAUGUAAUAGAUGAAAUAAAUAAAAUGAUUGCUGAUUAUGAAAAAGAAACAAAGCGCACUGAUGAAAAAUUUGAUUCUUUUUAUGCAAUUGUUGAAAAUUUAACUCAAGGUGUGAACUCUUUAUUUAAAAGAGCAAAUUGUGAUGCCUCUGCUAUUGGUAACUUGUUAAGUGGACAGGGUGGAGCUCCGCAUUCUAAUAUCAUGCAAAAUCUUAGUAUCAUUGAACAAAGAAUUAAUGAACUUUUACAAGUUCAUGAGUUUGUAUCUUCUCAGACAGAAGAAGAUGAUCAACAAUUUUUUCAGAGUUUAAUUGGUAGACCUUCAAUACCUCUAACUUCUUUAUCUUCUAUACAAGCCCCAGCCAUUGUAGAAGGAAGUGAUUCAGACAAUUCUACACAGGGAGAUUAUGAUAAUAGACCUUUGACACAAGCAGAGUUAAUGCAAAAUAUAAUUCGUGGGACGUCGAAAAAAGGAGGAAACAGAAAAGAAAAUGUUGUUAAUACAAUGUUAAGUGAAGCAAUCGAAAACACACCGAAGUCGUUCUACUAGAAACUGAAGUUUUUAUGAUGCAGCAAUUUCAAUUGGUUGUUGAAUUAAGUUAUCAAUACAAAUCAAAAUUUAAUUAUAAAUGAAUAAAAAUGAAUUAUUUUUCAUUUAUAGUAAUUCUAAUUGAUGAAUAAUGUAAUGGAUGAAUUUCAUUUCGGUUAAUCUUGAUUUGAUGAGUAUGCUGUGGAUUUUCCAAAACAUUUUGCAAUUCAAUUUGCAAACAUAGUUAAAAUAAUUUACUUAAUAUUGACUUUUAAGUAAAUUCCAGUUUUUUUAAAUUUUUUAU